GCACGCCAUCGACUCUUCGUCGUUGCUCUCCGACAACUCAUGGCGCCAACAUUUAUCAUGCGUCACAACGACCUGUUUGCUUCGUGCCAUGGACACGUCAACGACAGUGAUGCAUGAGUCGAUUGCCUUUGAGUGCCAUGGCGAGCCAACAGCGUCGAGUUUCGUCCUCCGCGCAUCUUGCGUUCUGCACGUCGAUGCAGCGUACGUUAAUCUUCCACUCCAGCUAUCAGUACACCUCCACAUCGACGACCACUUGGAGUUAUUUCACGUUGUGGAAUCCAAUUUCAACUACGACGUGAUGGAUGCCAUUGUGAUGGCAUCGAUGGCGUCCGAAGUGUCGUUGCAACGAUCCCCCGUCGAGCGCGAGCUUGUGUUCACCCCGUCUGUUGUGCUCGUGCGCCCACUUGCUUUGGCGCAUGUCGUCCAUCACGACCCGCUGGCGCCGCCGACAUCGAUUGUGUUGCAGCUGACAAACAAUUCGGUGGAUGACAGCAUCUCUCUAAUCGACGUGGCGCUGCACUGCCCACUUGGGUGUGCAAACGACAACAAAGCGGUUGCUGGCAUAGUUCAGGACCCUCCCAACGAAGUGUAUCCAGUGACGGUGGGCCCGGGCGAAUCCUUCCAAGUCGUGUGGAGCGUCGCCGAAUGGGGCGCCAAAGUAUCGUCGACUGUCAGGGCCUUCGUGACGUGGCGAAUGGAGCAAGAGGCCGGGGAUGUUGGCGGUAGUGACCGCGACCUGGUUGAGGAGCUCACCACUAUCACAUCGAACCACGCGAUCCUUGCACCGACGUCGCAACCUCCAUCCACCGAAGUUCAACACAUCAACUUUCAUGUCCAGACCAUGUCGUCGACGACCGUGACUGCGCGAUGGGCGGCGUCUGCCCCAGUCGUUUCGGGACAGGCAACAACGGGCCAAAUUUGCAUCACGAAUCACUCGGCGCUACCGAUGACAGACGUGGUGCUGUUGCUUCCGUUCCAUUCCAUUGCCCGAUCUAGUCCACUGGACCUGCCACCAUGGAGUCCAAAUCCCGACCACGUGCGACUCCUCGCCAUCGCGACGCACGUGACCGCGCAUUCGUUGUCGUCUGGCUUUGUUCAUUUCCAAGCGUCGCAUUCGUUGGGGAGGUUGGGCAGCGGAUGCACCGCAGUCGUGGUGGUGGAUGGAAUGCCGCUCGUCCACGGCGCAAUUCGCAUUGCGCAUGCAGUCGUAUACGUUGGCGAUACUCGCACCUUUUACAAACAAGACAGGGCGUGGGACUUUGUCAGUGGGGCCGACAUCGCUGCUUCGACCUGCCCGUAGGUGCAACCUCAUGGAGAACGAGCAACUUGGAUGAGUGUUAACGUCAAAAUCUGCGAUCCCUCUGAAAGCUGCGUUGGCCAUGCGAGCCAUGCAAGAGCGGGUGCAUAUCGUCCGUGAAUCACUUGGGUGUCUGGCACAUUUCGCAUGCCAUGAGGAACGUUGAAUUUUCAAACGUGCAAGCUGAGCAGUUCCAUGGGGCUCGGUCAUCAUCAUCGUCCGUGACACGUGCAUCCAAAGCGUGGUCGUGACCUUGUUCCGAACUGGUCAAGGGCGAAGCCUUGGGAGCGCAAAGAGAAGGCUGUAUCCAGUCCAGUAGCGACGAUGUGGGUGGAGGUUGUGCCUGGCAGCCCUCUGCCUCGGCAUUGUCUGAUUUGAAUUGCGCUGUGGGAAGGUGUCUGUCAUUUUCCCGCCGAAUGUGUUGCACUCGACCCACGGUCCCAUCCAUCAACCGCACUUUGAUGCCUCGAGGAUGGACGGCGGACCCGGUCAACGUCUCCGCGACAACGCCAUACGUCAAGCGUCCCGUGGGUUGGUCAUGCUUCUGAACGAUCGCAACAGAUAGGCCUGGUACAAUGCUAGAGUUCACCGUAUUGUCGCCCGUGGACUUUGGCGGGUUGUACCGUUGACGCGGCGCCUGGCGAUUGCUACCACCGCGCCUGGGCUGUCGAUUCAUUCUUGGAGAAC